ACGGACAAAACGAAGAGAAAAAACGAAGAAAACAACAGCAAUUAUCUACAAUAACAUCAAUCAACAAUCAGAGAAAUUGAAAACUUGUUUCGUGAUUGAAAAUUUGCCGUUUCGUUUGCCGCCAUUUUUUCAAUUACUUAAUGGAGAUUAGUUUGAAUCGCGCGUUGAGUGUCGAAUAAAAUUUACAAUGAAUAAACCGAAUAACAACGAACGCUGUAUGUCUACGGCGAGUAGUACAGUGAGUGGAAUUUAUUCGAAUCUUUUGCCGAGUCCCGAUCCAGUGUGCAUGUUUUAUUUUGCAAAUACUCAUCCAUUUGGUGGAAUUGCGACACCCUCAUCAACGUCAUACUCAAUUGAUCCAUACGCAGGAAUGGCGCCGACGGCAGAGAAAACUCCCCAUUCCAAGCACCAAAAUCAACCGAAAAACCGUUGCACACAACAGCAUUUAAACGAUUUUACACCGUGGCCGAGACAAACGUGGCAGUCAAAAGACCUAUUGUCACCACUGGUACAAGCACUUCAGAAGCAAAUCGGUCAAAAUAUAAACGACUUUGAGAAAGUUUUAAGGACAAUUCGUGAGCUAUGGUAUACACCACAAAAUAAUAAUAGCGUAACUGAUGUACAGUAUUUACACAACUACUAUUCAUUCAUUCAACGGCAAAAACAAUUGAAUGAACAAAACUUCGAUUACAUAUUGAAUUGGCAAGGACAACUAAAUCCAGCACCACAUUGCGUACAUUUCAUGGAAUCGAAUGCGUUUGCAGCAAAUGAAAUGAUGAUGACACACAGCAACCGAAGCCGAAUCGAUAAACCACUCGGCGGAAUGGGUUUCAUCACUAGCAACAACACCAACACCAACACCACCACCACAAUGUUCAACAAAUCAAAAAGACCACACACUGGAUUAUUAAGACGAAGGCAUUCAUUGCCCGAGAUUAUCAUGAGAAAACAUCAAUUGGCCUCACAGAAGCAUGUAUUUUCUGAUAUGAAUGCAACAUCAGCGCCAUCACCGCCGGCUAGAGAACGAAUCCCGCCAUCAUUUGAAUCGCGUGAACGUACUCGCACCUCAUCUUCAUCUUCAUUAGGAUCAUCAGCAUCAACCAUUGUGCCAAAUGGAUUUGGCAGCGCUGGUUCAACUGGUUCCGAUUCAAAUUUGAAUCGUAUGUUCCCUACAAACGGUUCGAUGCGACAGCAAUUGCUUCGUCGCCUGUGGCACAAAGAAUAUCGUCGAUUGGAUCGAACGGGAAGCCUGUCGCCACCGUUAAGUCGUUCACUUCGCACUAAACGCACCCUGAAAUUGCAGGAAACACAGCCCGAAGUGUGUUUGGAAUGUCAGCGACUUGAGGUGACACAUUUUAAUCGCUCAGUUCCUGAAAUCGCUAUGAAACACAUCAAACACACAAAUUCAUCCAUUUCAAUGACAAGCUCAUCGGCUUCUUCGUUGGCAUUCCCACGCAAAUCAUACUCCAUCGAAACAGAAACACUGAACGAUCGAUCUCUAAUGACAAUUUCUUCGGUGUCGAGCACACGGAAAUCAUCGCCGCCAGUACAAAAGAGCAACAUCACAAAUUCAGCCGCGACUAAAGAAUUGGAUAUAACAAGCGCUGCGAAUAUGUUGAACCAAAUGAAUGGAAAUUUCGAAACUGAAGACCAAAUGAACGGCAAUGAUGGCUCAUCGCAAAAAAAUGGUGAUAAUUCAUUUUUUAUUGAAAUGGAAGGCGAUAGUAUCAACAUAACAACAGUGGCCAGAGCUGAAUCGACUGCCAUUUUGGAUUCAACGCUAUGUAUGUCGAGCAAUGAAUCAUCAUUUCGGCAGCACGAACAAUUGACCGAAUCGACCAUUUCACAAACAUCAAGCCAAUGGUUUCAUGAGAGUAGCGGUGAUGGAAACAACAACAAUAGCGAUAACGAUUCGAUAAAAUCAUCAAAAAUUACCGAAAUAAGUCACAUGAAGGGGCCUGGCGGUACAUAUGAUGCGUAUCACAUGAGCAGCGGUGAAAUUGACAUAGAAAAUGAAUCCGUCGUUCGGCUCAAAACGCACGAACCACUUGACCAAAGUACAAUCGAUACGAUAAUAUCGCAAAUACUCGUCGAUAGUCUAAACAAUAUUAUUGUUGUGCAAGGUAAGGGCAAUCAGAGUGAUUCAAAUGGUGAUAGCAACAAUGUUGAGCUAAGUAUAAGUCAAACACAAAUCGACAACCACACAGCUAUGGAUGAAUUUGCUUCAAAUCCAUCGUCUCUUCCGCUUCCGGUCACGGAUCAAAUUUAUUUCCCACAUUAUUUGUCAACCGAAACGCUAUCCGAAUACUCAACGAAAUUGUCGGACAAUUCAAGUGCCACUGAUUUGUUACCUUCAAAUUUGGUGAUAUCUGUGAUAAGUGGGAGCACGUACCCAGGUGAUGGUGGUGAAAUGGUUGUGCAUCGCUUGACUGAUAUGUCAAGAACUGAAUCGAUGGAAGUUCAACCGUCGUCGGCUCCGUCAAUGCACGAUGAUGAUGACGAUGAAAAUGGGAAUCGCAUCGAAGACGAAGCAAAUCGGCCAACAAAAACAGCAACUACAGUGGAGGAGGAUGAUGAUGAUGCAACCAGUCUAGUCGAUAGUUUAGAUGAUCCAAAUGCAGUUGCAAAUAUGUCUGAUCUCGAUGCCGCAUCGAAUGAUGUGAAAAUGGUGGAAAAAAGCCAAGCAUUCUUUGUUCCCAUUGAAGACAGUGAUACCAGCUGUGAAAAUGUAUCAAUACCGGCUGAUUUGAAUGCUGCGAUAGCCGAUACGAUGCCAGAUCGAUUGCGUGAACGAUUGCAAAAGCGACAAAUGGAAAUCGUUGAGCGCAAAGAAGCCGAACAGAAGCGUCGAACUGAGAAGAUUCAAAAAUUGAUUAGCAAACAUGGAACAAAUAGAAGCAGCUCUGGCCGUAAAACAAACACUUCCAGCUUUGAAGUGAUUCCGGAUGAAUCACCAAAACCACUCAAGAAACAAAUAAAAGUCAUGACGAAGAAGAGCAAACAACUUCAGUCAGAGAUUGGGUCGUUGGAAUCGUACACCAUCGAUUCUCAGGGCAACUUGAAAUUCGUCGAAGCGGGUAAAAAAUCAAAUGGCACCAAAAAAGUGACAACCAUUUCCGGGCCCGCUGUUAAGCAUAUUGCUAUCAAAAAGACAAUCACAACCAGCAAACCAUUGGUCGCUACAAAGAAACCACGGGAAAGUGCGGCAUCGGAUAAAAAUCCAGCGGAAAAACGAAUUAAAGUCACUUCAAAUGCCAGCAGCAGUAGGCAACGGAGCAAAGAGAUUGUCAGUCAUAGAGCGACGAGAAAUGUACAAAAAAUGACACUUGGCCAUCAUUCACCGUCCGAUAUGAUAACACCCGAUCGUGAUUGCGGACCGAGGCGUAUGUAUCAAAAGACAGAGAUUCGUGAAGGUGCGAAACGUAUUGAAAUUUUGGAAAUCGUUGAAUGUCUGAACAGUUCACCCGAUAGCUUGAACGCAUCACAGUCGUCGUCAUCUUCACCGCCAACCGAUUCAACGCCUUCACAAUCGUUGAUUGAGCGAUUUUCGGCCAAACACACGUCGAAAAUUCCAGUUCCUGUACUUGCAAAGAAUAAAUCCCGUAGAACCCUGUUGAAUGGUAACCAACAACGCACACUCAAAGCGCAAAUCCGUGAUUCAGUUAGCCAUUACAAUGGUUCAUCGAUGAAUAAUUCCAAAGUUGAUCAGAUUAUUGCCGAUCUAUUGAUUGAAGCGCUCAAUCAUUCAACCGACAUCGGCAUUGAGUUCAUCAAAACUCCACAAAAUGCUUCCCCACAGUCACAUAUCAAAUUGAAUCCAGCGAAACGAAUGAGUUUGAGUAGUCGUCGUGCAAGUGGCCUUGCGAUCGCUGGAAGUAGUGGAUCCGGUGGAAGUGGAAAGCGUUCAUCACACAGCAGUGCCAAAUAUCAACAAGUGUUCGAUUCCAUUCCCGAAGAAAAAAGUGGAAGUUUGUCGUAUGAUUCAUCACCAAACGAUGAACAGAACAGCACAUCACCACCUGUUGAUCGAGCCAGCAGCAAUAAUUCAACGGGAAACCCAACGAGUGAAACCGAAUCGAAAACAACAACAUCCACCACCACCACCGCCGCCACAAAAGCAUCAUCUUCACCAAAUAAAAGCAAUGACACCAGCAGAAGAGCAACACCACCGAAAUUCCAAUCGAAUGGAAUUCAAACGAAAAUUGCGAGUGGCAAAGCGGCAAUCGAAAGCGAUCAAGUUAAAUCGGAAACUUGGUUCGAUUGCUUCGGUCGUGCACAUGUUGACAGCCCCGUCGAUGGGCUGCUCAUGGAAGAAGGAGCUCCAACAACAACAGCCAUUUCGUCGGUGGCCACACAAGACAGUGCAUUGACAUCGGUUCCAUCUGAAGCACCUGCUCGGGAAAUACAGUCGGUAGGUUCGAACUCAAUUUUGCCAUUGAUCGAAGAGACAUUCGAGACGUCAGCAACAGGUAAUCGUGGCGGUGAUGCAUCAAAAGAAAAGCCAUUCCGAAAACAUGCACGGUGCUCUGCUCAAAAUCACUUCGACGCACCGUGCAGCGAGUGCGAAAGCAUAGAAAACAAUCUCAAGGAGGAAACUAGCCCAAUAGCAAAAGAUAAGGAAAUUUCGGCGGCGAAGCUCAAUGGAAAUGAAUUACAUUUGGUGGCAAUUAAACCAUCGUGUCAUUUGCCGAAUGGCAAUGAAAAUGUUUGGCAAAUGACACAUAUGGAUAAAUAUGACACAGUGGGAAAGUUUACAUUGAGCCCGAUAACAGUGUGCUCGGCCCAAGAUACGGGCACAUUGACAAACAACAGCUCCAUAAAAUUCGGAGUCGAUAGCAGUUCGUUUAUUGUGAUUCACGAUGAAAAUGACAAUGCAUCACAUUUUCUGCCUAAUAUCACGAGUAGUGAAGCCGAUCAAACGCCCCUGCGAAAUGGAGAACGCCCGUCGAAAAGCCAAAAUCAAUUCGAACGACCGUGCGAAGAUUGUUGCUUCUGCAAUCCAACGUUGCACCACAAACGACGCACGGAGAAUUCGCCGAAGAAAUGCAAUUUUUGUAGUAGUCGUCAACAGUCGACACAAACAACACCAGCUACAUCGACACGAUAUCAAGACAAAGGACAAUCAGUUAAUGAUAAUAAUAAUGCAGCAUCAGCAAAGUCAUCAUCCAUUCCAGUGGAGCGCAUCUAUGAAAGUAAUUAUCGAUCGAAUCACACUCACAUUCGUACACAUUCCAAAGAAUCGGACACAAUAAACACGCAAUGCACGAAGAAAACCAAUAAAAAGGUUCGAAAAACACUUUUGAACGGUAGCGACGAUCGGCUGAAUGCAAAUGCCGAACCGAAUAAUCGCAAUGAAACUGAAGAACGAAAUGGGAAUGAAGUGAAUGGCAACAAAGCGACCAAGCAUAAAUCAUCUAUUCCAAAAUUGCCACCAGCCACAAAUGAAUGGACAAAUAACAGCAUGGAUUCGGCAACGAGUCCCACCUCAUCACAUUCAACCGGCUCAAGUACGAAAUCGAAUCGACGUCAAGACUCAAAGAGUGUUCCCAAUCUGCCAAGGGCUGACCGCAGUUUGCAAAACAUCGAAUCAAGUCCAAAUUCGAAAUCACAAAAAACUCGAACGAAUUCGCGUUAUCAAAAUUUUUAUGGCAAUGACACGGCUAGUGCUACAGAUGAACGAACGGCCGUCACACCAAACGAUCCAAAGUCAAAGCCAACAGGAUGGACAGUUACAUUGGCUGGAACGUACAGUGAUGAUAUGGCACCAGAUGUGCAGAUGCACUUGAGUUUUCCAAAACGUGCAUCGAGUCAGGGUAAAAAAUUCGACAAAUCCAUACACAAUCACCGGUCAAUCGAAAAUGCCAAGGAUACAAACACUGAAACGGAACUCGACACCAACAGCAAUUACAACGACACCGAUUCACAAAAACCCGAUUCCAAACCAGCUCUUCUACCACCAUCAACGCCACAGUCAAUAAAACUCAAUCCCAAACGAAGUCUCACAAAAAAUUAUCUCAGCACGGAUCUUAUGCAUCAGCAACAACAACACAGCCAUCUAGUGCUAGCGCCACAUCGAAAAUUUAGCUUCGAUAGCAAUGGAAAUGCCAACGUAUAUCAACGGUCUACCAAGGAUUAUUGCAAUCUUCCACACAUUAGCGACCAUCGACUGAAUCAUGAUCAUUCCAAUCGCAUAGUUGCUAAGCAAACCGCCAAAAAGACGAUUAAGCGUUCGGAAUAUAGUGUCUCAGUGGCAUCGGCAACGACCACCACGAGAACCAUAUCGAAUUUCGCAAACGGAAAGCGUGCAAUGUCAAUUCAAGCAUUGAAUGCAAACUCAUUUCAACGCUUUCACAAUGGCAACCGAAGAGGAGGACCGUAUGGGCGCCGUGAUCACUCUGCCGAUGCCGGACAAUUAACAUAUCGACUAUCAGCAACUCCAUCACCUCUGCCAUCAUCCUCAUUUUACUCGCCCACAACUGCUGGCGGCUAUGAUGACGAUACCGAUCGCAAUGGUAAUCAUCGAAACAACCUAUCAGUAUGUGGCAAUGCAAUCGCUCCCGAACGUAAGCCACCCGUACCAACGAUGAGCGAACGAGAUGUAACCAGAAGACAUGAUGCAUGUUUCACACGAACUCGUUCGAUCUUUUUAUAAAUUUAAAAUUACAGAAAAAAAAAAAACAUAUUUAUAUGGACAUUUAGCACAUACUAUAUUCCAAACAAAAAAUUGACGUUUUUGUUAAAAUUAUGUUCAUUUUUACGAUAUUUU